AAAACCUUCAAUUCAAUUCAAUUUGACGAGACGUAAACUGAACAGGAACUUUACACAAAAAGUUAUAUAUUUCCAGUAAACAGGGAAAGCCGGAAAAAGAAGCAUGAGUUUAAAGAAGAAAGUGUACUGGGGCCCCGCUGAACCUACCCUCGCGGAGAAUAAUCAAGUCAAAAAUGUCAGACACAAGACUUUCCUGCCAUCCUACGUGCAAGAAAAGCCCCAAAUGUGCCUGAUCCUGUCCUGGCACUACGGUCGCCAGUGGCUGGAGGAGCGUCAGGCUCAUGAGGAAGCCAUAAGACAAAUGAAACGGAAAAGCACAAAAUUCAUUCCACCCAAUUUUGACAAGUGGCUGGAAAGCCGCAAACCAAGUUUGACGCGUCGCCAACGGGCUACCCCUUAUCCGGAUUUAUUAAGAAUCAGGCCUGAAUGAUUGCUAAUAGUUAUGAUUAUGUUUCUUAAAUCAAAAAGCUUCAACUUUAUAAAAAUUUUACAAUGGAGAAAAAAAUCUUUUAAAGA